AUGGAGUUACUGUUGAUCUGGCUUUCCCUGUGGAUAUUGCAAUGCAAUUCCGCCGGAGCGGACUCCAUCAUUCAUAUUGGUAAUCACCCUGGAUAGCUAUGCGCGGGUUUUAGUGAGACUUGCUGCAGAAACAUCUAGAAUCAAGACUUUGUAUAGCAGAGACAAAUGCAUGCGAUGCGCGUAAAAACUGUAGAGCAUGAAGGGCAGCCUCGGGGAUAUUUUACGGGAUAAAUAGGCCUAAUCUAUUUUGACUGCGUCAGAUGUAAACUGAAAGUUUGAAUGCAGUCAAUAUUAGGCUAAUUUCCUGAACAUAACUCGAUUUCCAUCUAGGUGUAUGAUGUUUUUAGGCUAUCGGAGAAAGUGCAGUUAACAAGUGAAUGGAAUAUAUCGAUGUCUUAAAUGUCAAUCAUUUAGCAAAGACAUGACCUUUCUUUCCACCAGUAGCAGUGCCUUUUCUCCAUUAGCUUUUGGGGAAACAAUAGUCCCAUGUGUGGUUCAUGGUUUGUUAAAGCCCUCCGCCUCCUGAACCCGACCGCAUGCCUUAUCUUUCAAUGGAACGUGAUCGCAACAUCAAUACUAUAGACGGGUUUUCAUUGUGAGAGAUGCAGUAGGCUUCUGGUAUUACACUGGUUUAUGUAGCCUAAACCUCGAGGGAGCUUUUCUGUCAGCUUAUACUUGAUGUUUGAUCUGCCAGAGUUUUCCAACACCUAAAAAGCAGGAGUCCCGAUUGUAUUGCGGAGAUAGAUGAACUCAUGUUACAGAAUGUUAAGAAGAGUUGGCGGGAUUUAAAUUGAUGCCCGAUCUCCACAAAAUACAUGUACAAAUGAUAAACGGAACUAGUCCUACAGCCGGGUAGUUCCAAUUAGGUGCCUUUUGAGUAGUGCAACUGGGUAAAAAAAAAAGUUAUUUCACUUAAUUUUAACAUUCUGUCAUAAAGAGCACAUGUUAAACUUAAUUAACUCAAUAGGUUAAAUCUCAAUAGGUUAAAAAUUAAAAAAAAUACUAUAGUAAGUGCCUAUUAAGCACCAAAUAAAGUAACAGGGUUGACCACAGGGUUGACGAAUUUGUCUUAAAUCAGACAUAAAUACCCUUGUGACAGAGAAUGGAAUCUUGUUGUGUGCAACAGGGAGUGGCAAUUGAAUGCAAGCUUCACCCAAAAAAUGAGAUUGUUAAAACCUUUCUAGCCUGUCUAUCUAUUGGUAACAGCGUUGACGUGUUAUGCGCAACCUGCUCAGAUUCCCACCACAGAACACCAGAAAAUUGCUGAAAAGAGUACAAUCAGUUCACCUGCUUUUACACUAUGAUUUCACUAUAGUCCCGUUUUGCUCAGUUGGUAGAGCAUGGUGAUUGCAACGCCAGGAUUUUGGGUUAGAUUCACACAGGGGACUAAUACGAAAAAGUAUGAAUAUGUAUGCACUCAGUACUGUAAUUCGCUCUGGGUAAGCGCUUCUGCUAAAUGACACAAAAAGUAAAAUGUAAAAAUGACUAUUAGAUGUUCAAUGCUUUGUUUAAAUUAUUAUUUAAAAAGGAAUAGUUUCACAAUUUUAAAACGAAAUUUCAGUUUACAUAACAUUGUUGACCUUAAAAUAAAGGGACAUAUAUUUUUUCACAUUAAAACUAAUCAUUAAUCACAUUUUAAUAAAUAAUACCCACUGGGCACAGAAGUCAAUUCAACAUUAUUCCACGUUGGUUCAACGCAAUUUCAUUGACAUGACGUGGAAACAACGUUGAUUCAACCAGUGUGUGCCCAGUGGGUAAUCUGCAGAAAUAACUUUGUCAAAGCAUCAAAAUAACUAGGGCUUUAAAAUGAUAGUGACAACCUGGGUAAAUGUUGGGAUUAAGUGUGUUAAAAUCUUUCUAGAAGUCACAAAGGAUGCACAGAGGGACACACGUGUGCAAAUAUAUGGUAUUUUUUAUUUACAAGAGUAAUGGAUGGGCAUAUUCUCAACAUAUAAACAGACACAUGGGCUUAUUCUCAAACACAGUGAUAAUGUGUGACAAAUGCUUUUGCACAUUUGCACCACCUUUCAAGAACAAGACAUAGGCUAGUGCUGCAUACCCCUAAAUGUGUCCAUUACUUUGUACUUAUCAUACUGCAUACAUGUCAUUCAUUAUUCCACAUUGCACUGCUUACACAUACGAGCAGUAAGUGCUCUCUCUCUCUCUUCUGGGUCAUUCUCCAUGGAAAUUGUGGUGUGGUUUUAAUAGACCCCAAUAACCCUGAUAACCCAGAUGACCCAGAUAACCCUGACAUUACAAUUAAUCAUGCCACUUUUUAUUGUCUUACACAACACUUUUGGUUUAUGAGAAUAUCUGUGUUUGUGGUAUUGGGUUAUCUCGCUUUUUAAAAAAUAUUUAUGCGUCCGACAAAAGCUGAAGUGCAAUGGUCUCUCUCUCUCUCAAAGAUCGUGCUGGGUAGCUUAACGGAAGCUACACUCACACAGUAAAUGUCUUAAAUGGCUUACAUUUGCCUUCAAUGUCAGGAUAAAUAAUGUCUCUGAAGUAUAUCAUCACUUUAUUUUGUAGGUUUGUCAUAUUACUUCACUCAAUGACAUUGUGUGUAUGUAAUCCACUGUACUACAGCGUAGCCUCCAUACGCUGUCCUCAAUAGACACCAGCCAAAGAGUUGCAACUGACACGCAACGAUGGUCAACCACAGGUCAAAUUUUCCUCGAGGUUAUAUCCUUCAUAGAUAUAUAGAUUGUGUAUCUCUAUGUUUCCCUCCACAACACGCUUCUGCUCUCAGCUUCAUAGGAUGUGUAUUGAAUUCCUGUAGCCUACUGCCGCUUUCAAGUUCCUGAAAUGUAGCCUAUUGUGAGGCGCACAAUUAAAUGGUAAAUAGCGAGGAGCUUUUGCUCUCAGGUCCAUAUGUGAAAUAAAUCCUAUUGACAGUUUCCACAGCUGUAGGCUAGUACUACACAGCCAGCGUUUGUGACCGUGUAGGUCUACUGCCGCUCUCGAAGGUCCAGAAAGUGCACGGUGAGGUGCACAAUUGAAUGGCACAGAGCUUGUUACAAAAAUUAACUAGCGUAGAACUUCUAAAUUAAAUGGUUUAAUGUGAAUACAUGUGCAUAGGCCUACAUACAGCGUGCACAGUGGUACUGAGUUAUAUUUAAAUGUGAACGUGGCCUACUUAUGUGGUUGUUGUGUUGUUUAUAGUUUUGUCUUUAUUUUACUUCAUUUGUACACUAGAGGGCACUAUGUUGGGUCUUUGGUCACAUGUCUAUAGGCACACGUGACUAGGAAGUGGGAAUGCACACAGGUAUGGAGAGCAGGGUAAUUACAUCUGCCAGUAUUAAAACCUUGCUAUGUUUUUAUUUUUGCUGCUAAUAAAUGGGCAAAAGACCAACCCAACGAAAGUUCAAUUUCUAGAAAGCGUUUUUGUUUUGAAAGUGUUUAUGAACAUUUAAAGUCCCACCAGUGUUAGAGUGGCUACAGUAUCACAGCAGUAACUUUUGACAAGUUUAGGCACUUCAGUAAAUAUGUAGCCUAGCCUAAAUUAUAUUUAGCCUACACAUCCAAAUGGCACAAAUACCACAGAACAAUCAAUAAGGUGGUUCAGUGUAAACUGCAUUAUCAUUUUAUAAACAAAUAGGCCUACAAUGAUCGAUCAAAUGAACCCGUUGGUGAAUUUAAAAAAACAUGGGCACAGUUCACAGUUUAUGUUCUCUCCAUAAAGUAAGCUUAUAUAGAUUUUAUUUUUCUCCAACAGGUGCCAUAUUUGAGGAAAACGCUGUCAGGGAUGACGAAAUUUUUCAACUUGCCAUUUCUGACCUAAGUCUCAACGACGACAUUCUACAAAGCGAGAAAAUCACCCACUCUGUAAAACGUAUCGAGGCGAACAACCCAUUUCAAGCAGUGCAGGAAGGUAAGUGAUAUACAGCAGAAUGGUUUUAGAAAUUGAUUGCUUUGCUGUUAUAUUUCAUUGCUUUGGCCUGGAGGGUUGGGGACACAGUUUCAAUUUUGUGGUUAGUUCUGACGUCAGUGGCAUAAUAGCACGAGGGCUGCUUAUCUUCUUACCGUGGUCAAAGACUUGCGGGCAUUGCACUUUGAUUUUUAAAAACUGUUUUCAUUUCUUGUUUUCAUAGUUUGGUGUAAUAUCAAAGCAGUCUAAAUUAGUACCAAGGUGAAGUCAAAGUGCAGACUGGUGAUUAUGGUCUUAGACCUCUAUACUCAUAUGAUCAGCCUAAGAAUAAACCAAGGCCUAAUAGCAAGGGGUCUAAUAUAUAUUUUUAUGCCUCUCUCCUUCAGCAACCUAUAGUCCACUGCAUCCUUUCACAAUGGCCUUGAAUAGUUACUCCCUUACAAAAGCACUCAAAUAGUAGUAUUACCUGAUCUAUAAUAAGGUAUGUUUCAUUGUCAUUCAAAUGGCCAUUCAAUUGCACCUCUUACAGUAACAGUGCCUGCAUUGAAAUACAUUAAAAAACAUGUAAUUGACCAAUUGAUGUAUUAAACUUCUAUACAAUCAACCUUCUCUAUGUUGAAAGCCAGAAAUACAAAAGACGAUGUUUCACAGAAUAGGAAAACUGUAGCCCUGAAAUAAGAAUCAGGUCUUACAUUUGAAAACUCAAUGCAUUAUUUCUGAUCAAAUACCAUUUUAUUUGUCACAUACUUUGUAAACAGGUGUAGACUAACAGUAAAAAGGAUGCGCUGCUUCGCAACAAUGCAGGAAGAAAGAAAAUAGAGAAAUAGUAGAAAAGUAAAACAUGUAAUAAUAAAUACACAAUGAGUAACAAUAACUUGGCUAUGUACACGGGGUACCAGUACCAAGUCGAUGUGCAGGGUUAUGAGGUAAUUGAGGUAGAUAUGUACAUAUAACUAGGAAUAAAGUGACAGAUAAUAAACAGUAGCAGCAGUGUAUGUGUCAAAAAAGUAAGUGCAAAAAGGGUCAAUGCAGAUAGUCCGGGUUGCUAUUUGGUUAACUAUUUAGCAUUCUAAUGGCUUGGGGGUAGAAGCUGUUCAGGGUCCUGUUGGUUCCAGACUUGGGGUAUCGGUACUGCUUGCCAUGCGGUAGGUAGCAGAGAGAACAGUCUAUGACUAGGGUGGCUGGAAUCUUUAACAAUUUCUAGGGCCCUCCUCUGAUACCGCCUGGUAUAGAGGUCCUGGAUGGCAGGGAGGUCGACCCCAGUGAUGUACUGGGCCAUACGCACUACCCUCUGCAGCGCCUUGCAGUAGGAUGCCAAGCAGUUGCCAUACCAAGCAGUGAUGCAGCCAGUCAAAAAGCUGAUGAGUUACAGCUAAUGUCCUAUGACUUGACAGCAUGCUGCUGAGCCAGUCUCAGUGUUUGGGAAACUACUGCAUGUUGGACUUAAUCAGUUAAGUUAAUACUGUAGUCAUUUUUUCACAGUAAAAGUGGGUUGACUUCUAUUUAGAGGUUUGUUUUCUUAUCUUGUCCUAAUUCAGAGUUGCUGCCUGUCGUCAAAACAUGUAAAAGCAAACCAUUUUCUGUUAACAAAGAGGUUCUGCUGUUACAGCUGGUGAUAAGGUACCAGCUCUGAAACAAAGUGUAAGAGAUGACAAGAGAUGUUCAUUUCUGGCUGCAAACCAAACAAAUCAGUGAGGAAGAGUUCAAAUACAACAACAACACAAAAGUCUACUGGGUUUCAAGGCUGAUUGAUAGUGAGCCUAAAUAACUUUACAAAGGGAACCUGCUGCUUUGGUUAUGAUGUUUUACUUAGGUUAUUAUCAAAGCUUACCAAGUGUGGUGCAGCAAGGCCAAGCCUAACCAGCAUGAAGAACGCUGGCUAGGGGAUCAAGCUCCAGCUGAGCACGGUUCCAUUAACGAGGGUGUGGCAGCCCUUUAAUUGACUGCUUAAAGACUUAAAGGUGUGUGGCUCUCACUCUGCGGGGAGAGUGUUCUGGAGUGCGCACAUCAUGCGAGGUAUGGCUAGGACCGAUAUGAUUUGCAGCGUUUAAGCUUUUGGCUAGUUCUGUCGACUUCAUGCUUUUGUUUUCUACGUUUAAAGUCUGACCCUGUAGAGCUCUGAAAGAGCCAUGAUUUCAUUUGCCUUUUCUUAAUAAAAGCCUCUUUGCACCGUACUCCUGUCUCCUGUGUCUUUCCCUAUGAGUCAUUGCCUAUGCCAAACCCCCUAGACAGUGUGAAACCCCUUGCACUGUCACACCAAGUCACUGUUUCCACACUUGUAGUGCUAUUUUUAUAUUCUGAAUGGUUGAUUGGGGGUGUUUUUGGAACUCAAGGGGCUUUCCGGUUGAUGAUGCCCCAGGAUCGAUGAGCCUUCCUGGGCCUGGGGUUGUGUGUGAGAUGAGGGGGGUGUUGAGUGACAGUAGGGUCAUGUUGACCUUUGCUUUGCUCUUUUGUUCACAUUCACCCCACUGUGACUGCCACUCAGGACCCUGCCAGUGUACCACCAGAGAGGAAGAGGCAUGCAGGGCUGGGCAGAAGAGUGAAGAGAACAAGGAUCAGAAUGAGUGGCAGCUAAGGAAGAGG